AUGUCGUCUGUGCACUCCGUAUCCGAGGUGCCUCGGAAGACGACGAUAUGGGAGGAUAUCACGGCUUAUCGGCAGGCUUAUUGGCUCACAGCCGUCGCGUCGUUCGGUGGAAUGCUCUUCGGUUGGGAUACUGGUCUCAUCGGUGGCGUCUUGACAAUGGACGCCUUCCAGCACUCUUUCAACCUUGACCCCAACAGCUCCGACUUUGCCAAUCUGCAGGGAAACAUCGUGUCUGUCUUGCAAGGUGGCUGCUUCUUCGGCGCUGCGGCGUCUUUCUGGCUCAGUGACAAGAUCGGCCGCAAAUGGUCUCUCGUCAGCGCCGACCUGAUCUUCAUCAUUGGUUCCAUCAUCCAGACCUGUUCGGGCCUUGGCACAACGAACCUCACACAGCUUUACAUUGGCCGGUUCAUUGGAGGUUUUGGCGUUGGCCUCAUCAGCGCUGUUGUGCCUACGUAUAUUGGCGAGAAUGCGAACAGGGAAAUCCGAGGUCGAUGCAUUGGGUGUAUGCAACUCUUCAACGUCACGGGGAUAAUGCUUAGCUAUUUCGUCAACUACGGUAUCAGCAGGCACAUCACGAGCUCCACCGACUCGACGAAAUGGCGCGUUCCCUUUGCCCUGCAGAUCCUUCCGGGUACUCUCCUUCUCCUGGUCCUCUUCGAGAAUGAGUCGCCACGCUGGCUCGUCGAGAAGUUCCGCAUUGAAGAGGCCAGGAAAGCCCUGUCCCGAGUCCGAGCCCGCCCCAUUGACGACCCGGCCAUUCGAGAGGAGCUGCAAGAAAUCGUCGCCGACUUCGAGGGCAAGGAGAAGCUGUCUUUGACUCAGCAGUUGAGACUCGCCUUCUCCAGCAAGCAGAUGCUCUACCAGUCCUCUCUCGCCGUCAUACUGAUGUUCUGGCAACAAUGGACCGGGACGAAUUCAAUCAAUUAUUACAGUCCACAAAUUUUCAAGAGUGUCGGCCUGGCGAGCAGCUCUGCCGGCCUCUUCGCUACAGGAAUUUACGGUGUUGUCAAGGUUGUUUUCACUGCACUCGGAUUGAUGUUCGGUGUUGAGCAAGCUGGUAGAAAGUGGUCCCUCAUCUGCGGUGCUGCCGGUCAAGCCUUUGCCAUGUUCUAUAUCGGCAUCAACCAAGCAGUACACCCCAACGACUCGAGCUUGUCAGGGAACAACAUAUUCGCAAUCAUUUGCGUGUACCUGUUCGUAGUGUUCUACUCGUUUGGCUGGGGUCCUAUCCCCUUCGUCCUCUCGUCGGAGUGUUCCCCCAAUCAUGUACGAUCUCUUAUCAUGGCUGCGUCUCUGAUGACUCAGUGGCUCUUCAAUUUCGUCAUUGCAAAACUCACACCUAUCAUGCUGGACCGCAUCACGUACGGGACGUUUCUGUUGUUCGGGUCUUGUUGUAUCCUGAUGCUCCUGUACGCCGUCUUUUUCGUCCCGGAGACGAAGGGUGUCCCACUCGAAAGCAUCAACCUUCUCUUUAAAGACAACAUCGUCGCUGGAGCUACUAAAGACACCAUCCCCAGGUUUAGCCGCGCAAGGAAGAUGCAGGCGCAUCAUCUAGCAUCGGGACAGCGGGCUGGCGAGCAAGGUGGGAAGGAUUUGGAUGAUGAAGAGCGAGAAUCACAAGCAGUGCAUGUGGCCUGAAGGACCAGAGGGCCGAGCUACUAACGUUGAUGUCGAGGCCUGU